UCUCCGCUUGUCUUUGAACGUCUCAUGAAGAAGUCAGAUAUAUCUCUGCUGUCUCUCAGCGAACAGAGCAGCAGUCACAUCCGAGUCACUCAACAAAACAAACACUUUCUUCUGGAAAAUAUCGUGUUGUUUUAUUUUUAUUUUAUACCAGCAAUUAUUUGGAAAAUUUCCUCCAAGCCGUCCGAGGGAGCCCGAGAAGAAAAGAGGACGUGAGCCUUCAGAGUUCAGCCACACAACAAACCCUUUUCGUCUCCUUGAUUUCAGUUCAGAGGGAUUUUUUUUGUCUGCGCCCCGAGGAAACAUGAGCUUUCUGUUUGGAAACCGUUCAUCGAAAACAUUCAAGCCCAAGAAGAACAUCCCAGAAGGUUCUCAUCAGUACGAGCUGUUGAAACAUGCCGAGGCUACGCUGGGAAGUGGAAACCUGCGAAUGGCCGUCAUGUUACCCGAGGGUGAAGACCUGAAUGAGUGGGUCGCUGUCAACAGAGUUCAACCUGAUUGACAGAAAGGAGCUGGUGCCACUACAGGAGCUGAUUGAAAAACUCACCACUAAGGACAGAUAAACAGCAAUGCAACUCUUUAUGUCACUGUUCUAAUUUUUGCACAGAUACCCACCCCACCCUGGCUGUAUGUAUGCAGUAUAAUACUAGAUUUCCAUUGGGGGAAAUGGUUUUAAUAACGCCAGGAAGAAGGAAGGGUUUUGGUAGGUUUAAGGCACCAGGACUAAUUUUAUCAGGGAUUACAGACUUCAUUAGCAAACAUGAGAUUUACACUAGAGAAAUAACACAUUUAGGUGUUUGGUCACAGUUUACCUUUAGAAUAAUAAAGACCUACUCCUUGUUGAUUAGUUUUUUUUUUGUUAGACUGCACUUUUUAUUUAAAGUUUUAUUUUGAAAAACAGCAUUCUCACAUGGGAGAAUAACAUGUAGUCAAAGUUGCUGUAUUAUAGGGUGUUGAUGGUGUUAUGGCAAUAUUUGAAGCCACUUAAACAGUAAUAGUUAUGUUUUUUUUCCUAUAUAUAUAUAUAUAUAUAUAUAUAUAUAUAUAGUGUCAGAGUCUUGGGUUUGCUACUGUAAUUGCCGUCAAUACAAAAAAAAAAUCCUCUAAGUGCCUAGCAUGGCUCAUAGUUGCCCUAUAUUCACACUGAGAAAUGUCUGAAGAAUAUUUCUACCCACCUCUCUGUAAAGUAACACGUUCUACAUCUGCCACUUGGUCAGAAUGAUUUUUGCUGUAAACUCAUCAGUUUUAUUUAGUGAUGGAGUCUUUUUUGCUGUUUGCUCAGCAGGUUCUGAUUAAAUGAAUGUGCUGAAGGACGUAGACGUGAGGUUAGAACAUGUUGUAGCAGGGAAUAAAUAAAUGAAUAAACUCAUAGCAAUGUCUAGUGACAUGUCCCUGUGCUCUAGUCCCCCCCAAAUGAAGUAGAAAUAAGUUUUAGGAAAAGUUUUCAAGGGAUCUAAACCUUUAAAUUGUAUCUAUGUGUCUUGAGAUAGAUGCAGGUUACCUUCACUGUUUGAAUUGGAUUAAUCUUCAUCCCUUGUUUCAAUAGCCAUGAAGCACUUUGACCAACUUUCCUGACCACUCUUGCCUGAAUGUUUCCUCUCCGUAUGCUGUAGUUUGUAAAAAGCUGUAUCAUGUGACUGAUCGUUUGUUUUCCACCUGCAAAUUGCCCAAAUGAAUGUUAAAAUGGCCCAAACAUGUCUGCAGUCAGCUGCAGGGCACGAGUUGAGGUUUUCUUCUGGUUUGUUUGUCGCCAUGCUUUAAUCAGCAGACGCAUGCCCCACCCACCCACCCCCCUAAUGUCAAAGUUGAGUUUGCUAUGCAAUGACUGACGCUAAAAGGAUCAUCAGUUGGCUCUUUCCUGAUCUUUAUCCUAUAGUAAACUUUCCCAGUAGUGCUUGAAUUUGAGUGUGUGAAAAAUAAUAGCGAUGCUUGUCUGUCAGAUUUAGUUUCAAGCUGGUGACCUGAACGUUUUCUACCUGAACUGUUCAUCAGGGGUGUAAAUCCCCUGAUGCACACAUGUAAAUACUGAGAAGUGACUGAUCCUGAGAAAAUAGAUUUUCAGCAAGCAUGGAGUGUUAGCUUUUGGUGAACUGAAUGCAUCGAGUCUUUUUGGAGGCUACUUCCUCUCCCUUAUUUGGAUAUUAAAACUUUUUGUUUUAUAUUUUGUCGUUUUUUUUUUUAAAUAUAAUUAUUAACUGCAUUAUAUGAAUGUUAUUGGUCACCAGAUAUCUGAACUUGUUAUAGAAAAAUGAGUCCUCCUGAUAAAAUGCUCACAAGACCUGUUGCCUCCAGUUUAUCCUCUUUCCGUUUUAAUUAUUGAUGAAAUGUUUGUAAAUAACAGCUUGAUUUUGAAUUUUCGAUGCUACUGAAUAGAUUUAUGCUGUUUACAAGGCAAAUAAAGAUGGUCUCUCGA